AUGGGGGACCAGCUCUUCUGCAAUAGGGCGCUCCCCUUCGUCCUUUGCUCGGCCCCAAAGCUGUUUACAGCUGUGGUGGACGCCUUAGCUUGGGCGAUGCAUUGUGAAGGGAUCCCGGACCUAAUCCAUUAUUUAGACAACUUCUUAUGGUCCCCUGGCUCCUCCAGCGAGUGUUGCCAUGCUCUGGAAGUCACUGUCCCCUUGUGUGAGAAACUAGGGUUGCCGGUGGCCCCUCACAAAGUUGUGGGUCCCGCAACCUCCUUGAUAUUCCUUGGUAUUGAGAUCAACUUGGUUUGUCAGGUGAUCAGGCUCCCAGUGGAUAAGCUGGCUCGGCUUAAACAGGCGCUUUGCAAAUGGGGCAAUAAGCAAGCUGCUACGAAGAGACAGCUCCAGUCACUGAUUGGUCACCUCAACCAUGCAGCGAAGGUGGUCAAGCCUGGUCGCCCCUUCCUCAGGGGCCUCAUCAAUACGAUGAAAAUCCCUCAGCAGCAGCACCACAAGGUUCGACUCUGUCGCCUGCCAGGGGAGAUAUUGUGUGGUGGCAACGUCUACUCACGUCCUAGAACGGGGUGUCUUUCUUUCUGUCUGGGUCCCAGCAAGGCUCUUCCUUUUUCCAAUGCUUCGGGACGUUGGAGUUGCAGUGCAUUCAUCGCCUCCUUGGGUGAGUGGUUUCAACUCUGGUGGCCAAGGUCCUGGUCCGAGGUUUCGAUCACCCCCAAAGAACUCGUCCUCAUUGUGGCCAGCCUGGCAGUAUGA